AUGGAAGUGGCUUUCCAAGCCAAGUUGAACUCGAGUGCGGAGGGUGAGGUCACACUCGAUGACGAGUGGUUCAGCAAGCGGUUAGAAGAUUUCAAGGAAGUGCACAAGCAGCCCCAACUCGACCUGGUCGGCUGGUUCACACUCGGUUCAGCCUCAGGGCCGGGUGCCCACGUUCUACCCAUCCACUCGCGCAUUACAGAGUUAUACAACGACUCACCUAUCCUUUUGCUCUUCCAUCCAGAGCGCACAUAUACGGAAGCAACAGCAGCGGGCAAGCUACCAUUGACUCUGUACGAGUCACUCUCGGAAAACGCGCCCAAUGACCCCAACGACAAGGCGAUGGACAUCGAUGGCGCAGUCCGCGCAAAGGCCAUCAAGUUCAGGGAGUUGGUUUACUCGGUCGAGACGGGCGAGGCUGAGAUGAUCAGUGUGGACUUUGUUGCUCGUGGAGGAGGUAACGCCACCGCUGUUGAGGGCUCUGUUGAGACCUCUGCUCUGGCAGCUGAGACUUCCAAGGCCAACGAGAGUGCCUCUAAGAAGGGCAAAGGGAAACAGAAGGAGAAGGACAGCGAGAAGGAUGCGCCUAUCGACGAGGCAGCAGUGCUGGACGCAGAUGACGAAGAAAUACUCUCGUCACUGACGGCAAAGAUGAACGCUGUUCGCAUGCUCAGUCGCCGUGUCGCGCUUCUCCGCGCCUACCUAGACGCACUGCCACCAUCGUACCUCUCGGACGCAUCUAUACCCCACAACGCGGCUGCAGACACCGGAACCUCACUCCCGCUAGACCAUACCAUUCUCCGCAGCAUCUCAGCCACGCUGGCCCGUCUCAACAUUCUCGCUCCGCCAGAUUCCGAGGCAUUCACUCUCGAGUCACAACAAGAGGCAUCCGAUGUCCAGCUGGUGAACCUCCUGGCAUCUAUCACCAACUCUGUGUCUUCAGCCAAAGAACUGGGUCGCAAGAGCCAGAUUGUUGAGAAUGCGAAGAGCCAGGGCAAGAGCCGAGUGGGCAACAUGAUGGGCGGAUACGGCGGGCCACCUGACGGCAACUUCUUCGACAUUGGCGGCGGUGCUGGGGGCAUGCGGGCAGGUGGCGAAAGGUGGUCAUGA